UUCGUUCAUCCCGUCGUCUGCUGGUCCGAACUGCAAAUCCUCCCACACCUCUUCGCUCGACACAAUUCUGCCUUCCAUCUCGAUCAACUUGGACCUGCUUUGCGUCCUUGUUUUCUCCCAUCACACCUUACACUCCAGAAAGAAAAAACGAACACGUUCGCCUCACUCUUGACAUCGACCUUCUCUUCGAUUUGUCUUUCGUCUGAUCUGCUGGACUCAGGGCCUUGUCUUUCCAUCUGAACCAGCUAUCGUUUCUCUCAUAAUGCCUACGCCACUUCCCUCUAGUUUUGCUUCAGCCGCCGCGGGCAACACCCACGACUCUUCUAAUCGCAGAGGAGAUGGUACCCCCGGUGGAGAAUGGUCUCGCACUCGCAUGAACGGAGCAACACAGACCUUCCGCCGCCCUUCAGUUGCGACAAAUCCGUCGCAUAACCGGGAUACGAGUCAACCCAACUCGGCCACUACUCCUACCGUCGGCACCUAUACUCCCCCGCAUAUGUCCUCGAACUACCAGUCCAGCGCACUCCGCAACGGUGCCACCACGGAAACCCGUUAUUCCAAGGACCUGCUGCUAAGUCUUUACAAAAACCAACGGGACACCGGCUCGUUGGGAAAGAAUGUCGCAGAUUAUUUCGUCGCCGACUGGAAUCCUCACCCCUCCGAGACCUCCCCCGUCAAUGGGGCAUGGGGCAAGCGCGAGGAUUCCAAGGACAAUCCGUCCGGUCCGGAGGUCUGCUGGGAUCAUGGGGGCCAGGUAGAGCCGCUGGGUCUUGUGGAACCGACGGAUGACGAAAAAGAGUUGUUUACUUCUUCCGUCAACUCCCCGCUCAAGCCGCCACCGACCAAUACCUCGAAAGAGAACACCGCUACAGGCACGGGCGGUCGCAAGCUGUCCAUCUCUCAGGGCCACAUGAACAACUACAACACCUCCUCUCCCAGCGCUGGACGCCCUGGUCCCCGGCGUCGGGACACAGCCGACUCGCCCGCGAAUCCAAUGUCUCCCUCAACCAGCGGACCACGCUUCUUCCGGGACGAGCCGGCCACGUCCAACCCGCCAGCCGCCUUGCUGCGACGCAAGACCGAUUUCCGCGAUACCUCCUCCACUGCUCGGUGGGAGGAAAAGGAAAAGGAGAACGUGGGUAAGGAUUCUGGUGCGGAUGUGGCUGCUCCUCCAUUUGGCACGCUCAAGCGGAGUACUACCAAUCCGUUGAGCGUGGCGCCGGGUGGACCAAGCUCUCCGUGGGCCGCUUCCGCCUCGCACAAUGCCAACUAUUCGCCCAUGGGUGCAUUUGGAGCCUUCUCCCUGGGGACAAGUACCACGCCCACCUCAGAGAAGAAGGCCGGCUUUGGCAGUCUCCGUGGCGAAAGCCGUCUGAAGGGUCUUUUCUCCAAGGAUAGCUCCGAGGACAUGGCCGCGGCGGCCCUCAAGGAGAAGUCUUCGCUCAGCAAUCUGGAGCGCUUUGCCGAUGUGGAGGGCGAGAAGCGCGCGCAGUCCCCGUGGGGCGAGCCCGUCAAAACGCGCACUGGUCGCAGUGAGACGAAUCCCUUCCAGGAGGAGCUUCGCAGUGGCAGCGCAGCGCUUGGAGGAUCCCAGGAGAUUGACCCGCAGCCCCCGUCAUCGUCCGACCAGCUGGGCUUCGGGGCGUUUGGCAUGACCUCGAGCAUCCCUGGAUUUCGGGAACUGAUGCAUAGCCACGAAAACUCUCGGAAUCCUACUCCGAGCCUUCUCCAGGGACAUGAGCCUACUAGCCCGACCAACACUAACCCUUACCAAAGCCCCCACGGCGACCGUCACGAGGUUGAUGAUGUCGAAACCGACGGGUCCGACAUUCAAAACACCACUCACCCCGGUAUCACUGGCCUGCGGGAUACCUCAUCCGCUUUCGGCUCCAUUCGACGUGUCGGCUCAGGCAUGGACCUGCCAUCCAUCGACCGCAGUCAAACAUCGAGUGCGGCUGGAAACCGAAGCUUCGCGAGCUUGGGUGGCCUAGGUGGUCUACCCCCGAUUGGAGGUGCGGCAGGAUGGCCGUCGAGCGCUGCCGUUGGCACCCCUACGCGCGAACGGUCUGCGUUUGCGGGCGGGUUCGGUGAUCCGAUCUUUGGGACCAUGGGUGACCUGCAGUCUCCAAGCCUGUCGACACUGGGAGGAAGCGGCCUCUUCAGCCCACAUGCAGGAGGAAUCACAGGAACGGGUAGUCUGGGUCGCUCCAGCAAACUAGGCUCGCUCUUUCCCCCUGCCAUGCAGGAGCAGAUGCAGGGUGACCAAAUCCGGCCCGAUCUCGGGGCUCUGGAUGAGGCUGCUCGGCAAUCUGGUGAGAUCUUUGACGGACUUUUGGCGGACCAAUCUUCACUGACGCACGGAGCAGAGCUUCAGCCUACUGAUAAGAACGCGCAGGGCGGCCAGCCAGCUACCACGUCGACUUCUCAGACUCCUGUCUCUGCUGUCGGCUCGGGCCCUGGCUCCAUGGCUCCCGAUGCGCCACAGCCCAGCCAGACCCCCGGAAAUUCUGGCUCUGUUCCUCCCGCGCAGCAACGGACCAUGGUGAUGCCCGAUCGCAUGCGCUGGAUCUAUCGUGACCCGCAGGGCAACAUCCAAGGACCCUGGACUGGACUAGAGAUGCAUGAUUGGUUCAAGGCCGGAUUCUUUAGCCCCGACCUGCAAAUCAAGAAGCUCGAGGACCCAGAGUUUGAACCGUUGGCCCAGCUGGUCCGUCGCAUCGGCAACUCGCGCGAACCCUUCCUGGUACCUCAAAUUGGCAUCCCCCACGGCCCUGACCCUGCACCUGGACCUUGGACUGGAAACUCGACUGGCACCGCUCAGCCUCCCUUCCCUGGUAGCUUCCCCAGCUUUGGCACAACCCUGACUGCUGAGCAGCAGAACGCUCUCGAACGUCGCAAGCAGGAGGAGCAGUACCUGAUGGCCCGCCAGAAAGAGCACCUGGCUCAACAGCAGGCUCUCAUGAAGCAGAUGCAAUUCCAGGGCGUUCCUCACUCCAUCCACCCUCACCAGCUUCAGCAUCAACCAAGCACUCACAGCCUCCACAGCCAACCCAGCUUUGGUAGCAUUGCUUCUCCGGUUGGCUUCCAACCAUCUCCCAUCCAGGCGCCCAUGCAACAACAACCGCAGGCCCAGCAGCAGCCAGCAUCGUCUGUUGCCGGCUUCUUCGAUGCCGCUGCCGCGAUGCGAGGCCAUCCUCUGCCGAACGUAGGCCCUCCGAUUCUAGGCGCUGAUCUCGUUGGCGGUCAGGACCAACUUCCCGCCCUACUGGACCGGUUGAACAUGAGCCGGCCGGAUCCGUUCGCUUUUGGUACUCCCAGCUCUUUCGCUGCUCGCCAACCGGACAGCCUGUUCCACCAGCAGCAGGUCGCUUCGAUGCUCCAAGAUCGGGCUCGUCUGCAGCAGGAGCAAGAGCAGUUUGAUAGCACUCAGGGCGAUAGCCUCUUCGAUCAACAGGCGCGCGAGGAGCGACUUCGUCAGUUUCAUGUCCUCAGGGCCCAGGAAGCCGAAUUAGGCAUGCAGACUGUAGAGGGUCUUCCUACCCAUCCCGCCGAGUCAGCUCAGGCUCAGAUCCCGGAAGAGACCGCCGAGUUUGAAGUGGCUGAUGCCGCCUCCCAGGAGCCCCCACUCACUCUGUCGCAGCAAGUUCAGAAGGCUGCCACCGCCCAGCGUCAGCAGUUGGAGCAACAGGAACAGCAGGAACAACAACAACGCGAGCAGCAGCAAUUGGAACAACCUCAGGCGAGCUCCGAAGCUGCUUGGAUGAGCAAGGGUGAUAGCGCGAUGCCCCAGCCCUUCCCUCCCCCGCCUUCUGCUUCCCCUCUGCCGGCCCCUGCAGCUCAACGCAACCGUCAGAAUGUGGCCGAGUCGCUGGCUGCCAACUCUCGCUCUCAGACUCAGACUCCCGUUGAGGCUCCUACCACCUCUAUCGCGCCAUGGGCGAAGGAAGCCAAUGAGGUUCCCAAGGGACCUUCUCUGAAGGAAAUCCAGGAGGCUGAGGCUCGCAACGCUGCUCAGAAGGAGGAAAUCGCCGCUGCCGCUCGUCGUGCUCAGAUGCUUGCUGAGCAGGAGCGCCUCACCCAGGCAGCUCAGGUUCAAGCCCCCGGCCUGCCCUCCUCUGCCAAUUGGGCCAGUGCUGGAUCUCCCUCGACCCCGACGUCGACUGGAUCCGUCUGGAACAACAAGGGCCCGGCUGCUCCGACCGCUGCUGCCAAGAAGACUCUGGCUCAGAUUCAGAAGGAAGAGGAGGCCCGUAAGCAGCGCCUGGCUGCUGCGGCCGCUGCGGCGCAAACUGCUGCUGCCAGCCCGCCCACCGCUCCUUCAUCCACCGGCAAGCGUUACGCCGAUCUGGCCAGCAAAGCUCCCGCGCCGUCUCCCGUCAACGCUGCGGCGUCUUCGGGCGCCUGGACUACCGUGGGUGCCGGCGGUAAGGCGAAGGCUCCUCCCGCUGCUCCUUCGGGACCGCGUGCAACCACCGGUGUGGUGCCUGUGGCAGCUUCUCCGGUGAAGCCCAAGCCCGCUACGGUUGCCACCCCUCGCACUGUCUCUGUGGGCCCGACCCCGCCUACCAACCCGAACCGCGCCGUGGAAGAGUUCACUAAGUGGGCCAAACUGGCGCUGGGCAAGGGCUUGAACAGCAACAUCAAUGUGGACGACUUUGUCCAGCAGUUGCUGUUCCUGCCGGCCGAGGCGGAGAUCAUCUCGGAUUCCGUGUAUGCCAACUCGCAGACUCUGGAUGGACGUCGUUUCGCGGAGGAGUUUAUCCGCCGGCGCAAGCUGGCGGACAAGGGCAUUGUGGAUCCGGUGGCGGCCAGCGCGUUUGCGGAGCAGAAGAACGCUGGCGGAUGGAGCGAGGUGGCCAAGAAGGGGUCGUCGAAUGCGCACCGGGAGGAGGAUGCCAGCAAUGCGGCGUUCAAGGUGGUUGCGCCGCGCAAGAAGGGCAAGCGGUAGAUGAGAUUUUGUGGUGUACAGUGAUGAGGCAUACAUAGUGUAUCCUAUUAAGAGAUCUGUACAGAACACUCAUAGAUCGGUAGGCACUUAUCAGAUACCGUUAUCCAAGGAUCAUGUGACAGAUUCACGCCCUUCGGUGACUCAGCCCCUCUAUGCGUCAUAGUUAGAGAUAAGAUAACUUUGAUGGUAGUCUGUGGGGGGUCUAUAAAAAGUCGACUUUGCUGGCUGUACGGAGGAGAAAAUCACCCUUCAAUUUGUCCGCAGUGCAACCCUGCUGUAAAGAAAUCAAAGAAAAAGAAAGACAACGAACAAUGGCUCCCACUCCAUUCGGCGCCCCGAUGCGCCAACACUUCCUCCUCGA